CCCCCCCCCCCGCCCCUCCCCGGCCCGGCUCCAGCGCCUGCACUAGCGCCGCCGUCUCCCCCGGGGCCUGCUCUGCCCGGGGCCAUGAAUAUCUUCAGGUUCCUGGGGGACAUCUCCCACCUACUGGCCAUCAUCAUCCUGCUGCUCAAGAUCUGGAAGUCCCGGUCCUGCGCGGGUAUUUCUGGGAAGAGCCAAGUUCUGUUUGCUGUUGUCUUCACUACCCGGUACCUGGACCUGUUCACUAACUUUAUCUCCCUGUACAACACCUCCAUGAAGGUAGUGUACAUUGCCUGCUCCUAUGCCACAGUCUGGAUGAUCUACAGCAAAUUCAAGGCCACAUACGAUGGGAAUCAUGACACUUUCCGGGUGGAGUUCCUAGUAAUCCCCACAGCUGUGCUUGCCUUCCUGGUGAACCAUGACUUCACUCCCUUGGAGAUCCUCUGGACCUUCUCCAUCUACCUGGAGUCGGUGGCCAUCCUGCCACAGUUGUUCAUGGUGAGCAAGACGGGUGAAGCGGAGACCAUCACCAGCCACUAUCUUUUCGCUCUGGGUGUCUACCGUGCCCUGUACCUCUUCAACUGGAUCUGGCGUUACCAGUUUGAGGGCUUCUUCGACCUCAUUGCCAUUGUGGCCGGGCUGGUGCAGACCAUCCUCUACUGCGACUUCUUCUACCUCUACAUCACAAAGGGUGCGUGCCAGCUGCCAGAGUGGGGUGUGUAGUGCUUAGAGCAGAGGUGACUGGGGACUAAAUGUAUCCUGGCUCUGGGAGGAGAGUGGGGUCUAGUGGUGGGAGGGGAUGGUUAGGGAGUUGGGACUUCUUGGUUCUAUCCCAGCUCUGAAAAGGGAGUGGGGUUUGGUGGGUUAGAGCAGUAGUGGAGAGGCUGAAAGGCAGGACUCUUGGGUUCUCUUUUCACUCUGAUAUUAUCUUGCUGACCCAAUUUGAUUACUCUGCUCUGUGUUUUCAUGAGUUAUCCUGCACAAGGAAAAUGCUAAACUUGUUGCUUGGACAUGUCUGGGUAGUUGGGGCUUCUGGGUUACUUGGGGAUCAUCUCUUGCAGACAUUGUCAUGGUUGCAUUGUGGCCCCAGGGGGCGCUAUGCUAUUGGAAAUGGUGCCUUUCCUGUGAGGCACAGACUUGCUGUGCAGUGCCAGCCUCCAUUCCUCCUCCCUGACUCACCUGCUCUGCUCCAGGUGGUUACAACAACCAGUGUUUUUCAACCAUGGGUGCCCAAAUGAGUGGGCUGUUUUUUAGAGGGGGCUGGUACCUGUAACUGGGUACAGUGAACAGGGCCUCCAUUGCCUCUGGUAAUCUGGUACCUACAUUUUAGGCCUUUGAUUCCCUUAAUACUUUUCUAGAGCUGCCCUGCACCACCCCAGAGGUAGCUGUACUGAGUAAAGACUUCUGUUACAUAUAGGUGCCAUGUCCCACCACAGAGGUGGCUGCAUC